GUAACCAUUUGACAAUUCAAUAGUAUCAAGAACAAGCUGUACAUGUUUAUAAAUCAAUUGCACGUAGAAAAAAUUAAAUCAAUUGCAAAAUUCCCUCUCAAAAUUGUUGUUUUCGUGUUAAUUAGCAAAACAUAAUCGAUAAUGAGUUGCAAAACAGUGUAAAAUUAAAUGAGAAAGUUUUGAUUAUUGCCUCUCAAAAGAGAAAUAGAGGUAGACAUUGCGCUCGCUUGGCUGCCGCUGCUAGCUGUCACUAAAUUACCAAUAGAAGGAAACAUGAAAAAGUGUGCAAAUUUUUGCAAACAUUUGCCAUAAAAUUGUAGUGAGGCGAACUUUAUCAUAGCUCCAUAAAGUUCCAGCUACAAAUGUAAACGUAUUGUUGCUCCCAGCCGUAAUACCAAACUUCAGCAGCACCCCGUUGAGCCGACUGUGAUAUGGGCAUAACAUGUUCAGCAACAACAACCAUCGGAAGCAUAAUACCAUUGAAAAUAUAGCCACAACCAUGAAUGCAAAUAAUAAUCAAUUAGGAUCAUCCGUCAUGUUGGGCAAUCAAACUACCUCCUGCGAAAUGAAUCCAGUGACUGGCACCGGAACUACAACAACCACCACCAGCAACACAACCGGUACAAUACCCAAAGAAAAAUCCUCUAAGGCAGCCAAAAAUCAACAGCCACGAAAACCUCCGCCCACCAUUGAAACCUUUUGGCCUUCGAUAAUGCAAGAGGUCCAAAACACAACCAUCGAUGCCAAACACCAAGCCUUGCCGUUGGCCCGCAUAAAGAAAAUUAUGAAAUUGGAUGAAAAUGCUCGAAUGAUUGCCGCCGAGGCUCCACUGCUGUUUGCCAAGGCCUGUGAGUUUUUCAUUCAAGAGCUGACCAUGAGAGCUUGGAUUCACACGGAUGAAAGUAAACGAAGGACUCUACAAAGAUCGGAUAUUGCUCAAGCUAUUGCAAAUUAUGAUCAAUUUGAUUUUCUCAUUGACAUUGUGCCGCGGGAAGAUAUUAAGCCCUCGAAUCAUCAACGGAAACAUCAUGGUAACAGUGAAGGUAAUUCCAGUGGCCAUGCGAAAGCUUCAACAGCAGCAGCGGCAACACAACAGGCAACUUCAAAUGUGGAAAAUCCAGAUGUUUUGAAUGUUGCAACUGCCGUUCCCGCCACUACACCUAGCAAUAACGAAGCUUUGCCAGUCAAUGCCACAAUUCCCACGGCAACAAUAACCAAUAGUCAACAACCCGCCCAAGUUUUAGCUACAACAGCACAUCCAACGCAACAGCUACAAAUCAUACAUCAACCCACACCUGCGGCUCAAACACCCUUACAAUAUUUCAUUGCUCUCCCCGGGCAACAGCCCCAGUUGGUGCAUCAAUUGCAGUUACAGCAACAACAGCAAAUACCCAACAUAACACCGACCAGUCUAAAUGUGGUGGCAGCAGCCCAGCAACCUCAACAAUUAAUACUGACAGCUGCAAAUCCAAAUGCUGCUGCUGCCACUGCUGGCGUACCUCAUCACCAUCACCAACAACAGGCAGCAGUUUUUCAAAACUUCAUUCCCCAGCAAGCAGCAACAAAUCCACAACAACACCAUCAGCAGCAACAACAACAACAGGUACAAUUGUUACAACAGGUUAUGGUUACGCCAACGGGGGAAAUUACAAAUAUGCCGAUAACCAUAAAUGCAAAUCAAUUGCAAUUUCUGCGGCAACCCCAAGCACAACACCAGCAGCAACCGCAUCAGCAGCAACAUAACCAGCAGCCACAACAACAGCAAACUACAACACAAGCAUCUGGUCCACCCGUUUUAAUACCAUAUCACAGUUUUUAAAUCGGCUCAAAUCGUAUAGUAUAGUUGUUGGCCAAAAGCGUUGGGAGAAUUUCUAAUGGUUUCAAAGCUAGAAAAUCAAGACCGUUGCAUGUGGGAACAGGAUCCCAAGGAUUGUAAAUUUAUUCACAAAAAACACGUUUACUUGAAGAGCUUCAUAAAUUCACUUAUACGAAUCGGAAGAAAUGUACAUUUCGAACAUAAGAAUCUUGCUCCUAUGACGAGUGA